AUGAGUAUCAAAUACCUCUACCUCAUUCAUAAAGUAAAUGCCUCCAGCUCUGGAAUUCAUUCACUAGUAUGUCGACAGCAUUCACAAAGAAUAACUACUCUAGCGAUUCUCCGCUUUGCGACAAACUUGGUCCGGUCUCUAUUGCUUGGAUCUACGAUGGCUCAAGGCACACCUUGUGCCGCUUGCAAACUGAACUACUCUGACCCAUAUUCUCAUCACUUAUUCUUAAUUGUUCUCUCUGUUCUAUCUGUUCUCUCUGUUCUCUCUGUUCUAUCUUUCUCUCAUUUCUUUCUAUUCUCUGUUCUCUCUGUUCUUUCUAUUCUCUCUGGUCUCUCUGUUCUCUCUGUUCUAUCUGUACUAGGUGUAGCUGUCUUAGAGUUUACACUACAAUUUUUUCGUAGUUGUUACGAAACAUGUCUCAUAGUUGAAUCUACUAUUGCAAAAGAUCGUCAAUGCAUCAUCGAUCUCUACAAUCAAAGACUUUUUUGUCCAUUUUGGAAUAACGAUGGGCGAACAUCAGAUGAUCGAUUAUUCUUCUCUCUCUUUGUGUUUGAAGUUAUUGUUAUUGUUAUUGUUAAUGUUACUGUUAUUGUUAUUGUUACUGUUGACUAUCUCAAAUUAAAUAACUAUUUUGAAUAUACUAGAUUAGAGUUUGUUAAUUUAAUAUGUCUUUGUGGUGACGGUCCUAUUCUAAGAUAA